AUUCACAGUUGGUCCUCCGCUAUCCCACAAUGCUUCAGUGUCUGCGCUGGUAAAUCGCGCAUGCGCAGUUGUUCGGUCUCUUUGGAUCCGCACCUCUUUUACCGAAAUGGCCAAGCGCACUAAGAAGGUGGGAAUCGUGGGAAAGUAUGGCACCCGUUAUGGUGCUUCCCUCAGGAAGAUGGUGAAGAAAAUUGAGAUCAGUCAACACGCCAAAUAUACCUGCUCCUUCUGUGGCAAGACUAAGAUGAAGAGAAGGGCUGUUGGUAUCUGGCAUUGUGGAUCUUGCAUGAAAACUGUAGCUGGAGGUGCCUGGACAUACAACACAACAUCAGCAGUUACAGUGAAAUCUGCCAUCAAGAGACUGAAGGAGCUGAAGGAUCAGUAAACGGGACGUGUUUUUGUACAGAUCAUCACCUCGUCUCGGACUGUUUUCUUUCUGUGGCUCGCUCAACAACAACAAUAAAUGAGUCUUGACCGGGAA